GUGUCUUUAAAUGAUCAGCACAAGACUGUAUCACUUCCUUGAUGUAAACGAAACUCCUGUAGAAACUUUACUCCUGUGGCCUCCUUUCACUUUCUUCUCAUUAAUAGAUUGUAUAAACAGGAUUUGGUGUCUGGAGUCAUUUCGGGGAAGAAUCACAUAAUGGAGGAAGAAACUUUGCGUGGUAAAGCUGAAGACUCUGAGGAAGAGUUUUGCGAUUCUGGUGAUCAAACUGAUGCAAAACCUGACCGGAAAGCAAGAUUUUUGCUCUUUGGAAGCAAGAAAAACAAGAAUGAAAAUUUGCAAGAAAAGGAACCAUCCACUGUGCCGCGCUACAGGAUCAUUUCUACAAUGUGCCAAUAUAAAAUGAACUACCAGAGAGUAGGAAAAUGUAUCAUCAUUAACAACAAGAACUUUCACCACGAGACCGGGAUGAAUGUUCGCAAUGGCACGGAUCGAGAUGCUGGAGAAUUGUUAAAAUGCUUUAAAAACCUGGGUUUUGAUGUUUUCGUCUACAAUGACCAGACCUGUGAAAAUAUGAAGAGGAUACUGAAAAAGGUGUCGGAAGAGGAUCACACUGACAGUUCUUGCUUUGCCUGCAUCUUGCUAAGCCAUGGAGAGGAGGGCAUGAUAUAUGGAACGGACAAGGCCAUGCCUAUCAAGGAAAUUACCUCCCUCUUUAGAGGAGACAUUUGCAAGAGCCUUGUAGGCAAACCUAAGCUUUUCUUUAUCCAGGCUUGUCGCGGUUCAGAGUUUGAUGAUGGUAUACAGACUGACUCAGGAACAACUCAUGACUAUAUAGAAACAGAUGCGAACCCCCAACACAAAAUCCCAGUGGAAGCAGACUUUUUGUUUGCAUACUCUACUGUUCCAGGUUACUACUCAUGGAGGAAUCCAGGCCGGGGCUCUUGGUUCGUCCAAGCUCUUUGCAACGUCCUCGAUGAGUCUGGCAAGGAACUGGAAAUCUUGCAGAUCCUCACACGUGUUAACUACAUGGUGGCUACUAGCUUUGAGUCCUGGUCUGAAGAUCCACGCUACAGUGAGAAGAAGCAGAUACCCUGUGUUGUGUCUAUGCUGACCAAAGAGCUUUAUUUUAAGUGAUAUAUACCUCAGAGUUAUCUUUAUGGUUUUUAAAUUCCUUUAUUAUUUACAAUUCCUUUUUGUUAUUAUUUCUUCUUGGUUUUAUUUUUCAGUUUUAAGUAUGUUUGCAGCACACGUUUUUACUUCACAGUCAAAGCUGGAGUGUGACAGACAUACUGACUGACUGACCGACUGAAUGUGACCACAUGGUCUCGGUAUUCAGGGAUGAGCCAGACACAGCUAGACCUAGUGUUGUUUGUGUGGUAAAGCCGGUUCUUUCAACUAAUUUGGACAUUUGAUGGAAUCUUCAGAAGAGUAGUGCUUUAGUGAAUCAUGUAUGUGCAUUUGUGUGCUUUAGUGACUCAGCAGCAUUUAUCUCUACUGUUUUUUUCAUAGAACAUUCACUGUUUUUUGUUUACUGGCAGUGAAAUAUUCAUGUUGGGUUUAUGGCAUUUCAGAGGAUGUGUAGCUUAUAGCAUCAUUUAUACUUUUUUGUUUACUAAUGUAACUCUGUCCUCUCUUUUUUCUUAUUCUUUUAUGUAGAGGUAGAAUUGUUCACAACACAAAGGCACUUCUUGCAGUGAAGAACUUACAUGAAUAUUAUAUUGAAUUUUAUUCAAUAUAACUACGACUGUAAAAUACAUUAAAUAAUGUGUAAAUGGCUCGAUGUCAUGUAGUGCUAUUAGCUGUUAGGUUGUUAUUAUUAUUAGCCUAAAUUAUAAGCUUAUAAACAUUUUUGUCUUUCACCCAGUCAUUUGAAACAAAGAGCACUUCACCAGCAUCUCCAUCUAAAUGUGCAUCUAAAAAGAAUGCUCACUGUGCUGCAUACUGCACCAUCAAAGUAUGUGUUAUCAGUGGUUUACAAAAAUAUCUUCUUGACUAGUUACCCUUCCAGCAACAGAAAGAGGAAGUUCCUUAUUUAUGAAGAUGAUGGUGCUUACAGUAAACACCAGUAUUUCAUUUUAUUACUCUUGUGAUUGUAACUUGGAUUAAAGUCAUCUAAGCUUA